AUGGCUGGUCGUGGGCUUGAUAUUAUCCUUCGUGGUAAUGCAAAAUUUAUGGUAAAGUUGAAGUUACAUGAGAUGUUGAUGCCAAGCAACCUCUCGACAGUGGCUUGGAGUGUCCACCGGACGUCAAGUGCCGAGCCGGGCCCUCGUGACAGCCACAACGCGUGCAUCGUGGGCCACUGCAUGGAAACCAAGUACCCGCUAGUUUUGAGGCUUUGGUGGGGUGCUUUCUUCCUCUUUUCUUGUUAUUGCCUUGUUGUGGACUUCUUAUCUUACAAAAAGUACCACCCUUUAUCAGUUUAUCAGUUUUGGGCAUCUGAUAUUGCUUCGUUGAUCAUGGGAUUCAUCUUAUCUUGCAUUGGAUAUCUAGGCAAGAAAAAUGAUGAAAUAACUGCUCUGCAAGAACCCCUUUUGAUUGCUGGUGAUGCUUUUGGUAUUAGCAAGUCCACUGUGAAAGCGGAAGAAACCGUGACCCCUUAUGCCAAUGCCGGGAUUUUCAGCCUUAUUACAUUUUCUUGGUUGAGUCCCUUAAUAGCCCUUGCGAAGAACAAGAAAACGCUAAACCUUGAAGAUGUUCCUCAACUUGCGAGUUGUGACAGUGUUAGGGAGGUUUUUCCAAUUUUAAACAAUAAAUUGGAGACUUAUUCAAGACAAAGUAACAAUAAAGUCACUGCAAUGAUGCUCGCAAAAGCAUUGCUUAUUACAACAUGGAGGGAAGUUGCACUGUGUGGAUGCCUUCAACUUGUGCACACGGUUGCUUCAUAUGCUGGUCCAUACUUCAUUGACAACUUUGUUCAAUACUUAAGUGGACAUCACACGUACAAUAAUGAAGGCUAUGUAUUAGCUACAAUCUUCUUUGUUUCGAAGUUGUUCGAGUGCCUGGCACUAAGGCAUUGGAUAUUCAAGGUGCAGCAGACUGCUUACAGGGUGAAGGCAGCACUUGUUGCGAAAAUCUACAACAAGGGGUUGAAGAUUUCAAACAAAUCGAAGAAAGACCAUGCAUUUGGGGAAAUCAUAAACCUUAUCUCAGCUGAUGCUGAAACGAUCUGUAAUGUUGGUUGGGUCAUGCAUGAACCGUGGAUGUUUGUCGUACAAGUUGCCCUUGCAUUGGUGAUCUUGUAUAAAGACCUUGGUCUUGCUUUUGUGGCCGCACUUGUUAGCACAUUUUUGGUGAUGUUAGCCAAUUUUCCCGUGGGAUGGUUAGAGGAGAAAUAUCAGGAAGGGCUGAUGAAAUCCAAGGAUGCAAGGACAAAGACGACUUUUGAGGUCUUGAGGAACAUGAGGAUUCUGAAACUUCAAGCUUGGGAGUUGAGGUUUCUCAAUAAGAUCUUUCAGUUAAGGAACAUUGAGACAGAAUGGUUGAAGAAAUACCUUUAUACUCGAGCCCUUGGCUCGUUUGUUUUCUCUGCUGCUCCUAUAUUUGUGUCUGUUGUCACAUUUGGUACUUGUAUGCUUCUGGGCAACCCACUUACUUCUGGAAAGAUUCUGUCUGCAAUAGCAACUUUUAAAAUUCUUCAAGAGCCUAUUGUUAAUCUCCCAGACGUGAUAUCUACAAUGGUUCAGUCUAAAGAAUGCAUUAUGGGCCUUUUGAAUUCCAAAACUGUUGUGUAUGUCACACAUCAAAUGGACUUUCUUCCAUCAGCAGACCUCAUUCUAGUUAUGAAAGAUGGAGAAAUUAAACAGGCUGGAAAGUAUAAUGAUAUUCUAAAGCUUGGAAGUGAUUUCAUGGAGCUUGUUGGCGCACAUGAGGAGGCUUUACAAGCCUUUGAUUCUGUUGAUGGCAAGGAAAGGAGCUCCAUGGAUGCUAACACAAAACAGGAUUCUUUGAAGGAUAUAAUUGAUGAAGGAGACCAGGAUGCAGGAACGUUAGAACAACUUGUCCAAGAAGAAGAAAGAGAGACAGGGAGUGUUACCUUAUCAGUUUACUGGAAAUACCUCACAACAGCAUAUGGAGGACUUCUUGUACCAAUCUUAUUACUUGCACAAAUUUUUGUUGAAAUUCUCCAAAUUGGAAGCAAUUAUUGGAUUGCUUGGGCGACGCCUGUCUCAAAGGACUUGACACCUCGGGUUGAUGGCUCUAAGCUUAUCCUUGUUUAUGUUGCUUUAUGUGUUGGAAGCUCCAUUUGUCUUUUGGCAAAAUCCUUGCCUGUCCUUGCGAUUGGUUACACUACGGCAAAGAUAUUCUUUAACAAUAUGCAUCGGUGCAUAUUUCAAGCUCCAAUGUCCUUUUUUGAUGCCACCCCCAGUGGGAGAAUUCUAAGCAGAGCUUCUACGGAUCAAAGUACACUUGACAAAGCUAUGUCAAACCUGCUUUCUAUAUUUUCUUCCACCAUAAUACAGCUUUCUGGGGUCAUCAUUGUCAUUUCGCAAGUUGCAUGGCCUGUCAUCCUCAUCUUCAUUCCCUUGACCGCACUUUGCAUAUGGCUGCAGAGGUAUUACAUUGUUUCAUCAAGAGAGCUCACCAGACUAUGUGGGGUGUGUGAAGCUCCUGUGAUACAACACUUCUCAGAGACCAUUUCUGGAUCAACCAUGAUUAGAUGUUUCAAUCAGGAACCAAGAUUCCGUGACCUAAACAUGAGGCUAAUAGAUGCGAAUACCAGGCCAAACUUCAACGUUGCUUGUGCCAUGCAGUGGCUAUGCCUCCGUUCGGAUCUGUUGACCCUUGCGACAUAUGCCUUCUUACUCGUGUUCGUGAUUCUAAUUCCUAAAGGAACAAUUGACCCAAGUAUUGCUGGGUUAGCAGUCACUUAUGGACUGAGUUUAAACUCUCUGCAACAAUGGCUUGUUUGGAAUCUUUGCAUCAUUGAAAAUAGGAUCAUAUCUGUUGAAAGAAUCCUUCAGUACACUUCCAUCCCAUCUGAACCUCCUCUUGUUGUGGAGUCAAACAGACCAGACAGUCACUGGCCGACGCAGGGUGAAGUUUCUAUCAACGAACUUCAGGUUCGAUAUGCUCCUCACCUACCCCUUGUGUUACGCGGCCUUACAUGUACUUUUCUUGGGGCCAAGAGAACUGGAAUUGUGGGGAGAACAGGAAGCGGCAAGUCCACUCUUAUUCAGGCACUCUUCCGGAUAGUUGAACCUGCCGCUGGACAGAUAUCAAUAGACGGUGUCAAUAUCUUGUCCAUAGGAUUGCAUGAUCUACGGUCCAGAUUAAGUAUCAUCCCACAAGAUCCAACCAUGUUUGAAGGCACCAUUCGAAGUAACCUUGAUCCCCUCGAGGAGCACACUGAUGAACAGAUAUGGGAGGCUCUCGACAAAUGCCAGCUCGGUGAUGAGGUCCGGAACAAGCCCGAGAAGCUCUAUUCUCAAGUGUCUGAAAAUGGUGAGAAUUGGAGUGUUGGAGAAAGGCAACUAGUGUGUCUGGGGCGUGUGUUGUUAAAGAAGAGCAAGGUACUGGUGCUGGACGAGGCAACAGCAUCAGUCGACACAGCGACCGAUAACCUCAUUCAACAGACACUGAAGCAGCAUUUCAGAGACUCAACCGUAAUAACAAUUGCUCACAGGAUAACAUCCGUGAUUGAGAGUGACAUGGUGUUAGUAUUAGCCGACGGGCUUCUUGCAGAGUAUGAUACACCGGACAAGUUGCUGGCGGAUAAAACAUCCUUGUUCUCGAAGCUGGUUGCAGAAUACACCAUGCGGUCAAGUUCAAGCUUUUGA